AUGACAGAGCUGUCCCAGCUGGGCCUGGGGAGCGACGUGGAGCUGGAGCUUCGGACUCUUCAGCUGCCCGUGGAUUACAGGGAGGCGAGGCGGAGGGUCACCAGAAUCUGGGAAGAGCUGCAACCGCAACUCACCGUCCACGUGGGCAUGGACGCCUCUGCCAAGGCAAUCUUUCUGGAACAGUGCGGCAAGAACCAAGGCUACCGGGAUGCUGACGUCCGGGGCUUCCGGCCCGAGGGUGGUGUGUGCCUCCCAGGCGGCCCAGAAGUGAUCACGUCGGGGCUCAGCAUGAAGGCAAUCUGCAGGGGCGUUGCCAUCGGAGAUGUCCAGGUGGCCUUUUCCCGAGAUGCGGGCAGAUACGUCUGCGAUUACACCUAUUACCUGUCCCUGCACCACGGGAACGGGCACGCCGCACUCAUUCACGUCCCUCCACUGUCGCGCGGGCUCCCGGCCAGCCUGCUGGGGAAAGCCUUGCAAGUCAUCAUCCGCGAAAUGCUGGCGGAGGUGAGCAGGCCCCGGCGCAAAGCCCGAUUCGGAAACUCAGCCACCGCGAAUCCGGCCAGGGCCAGCCAGCUGGGGGACGGCUCCUUCAGACAAAAUGAAGGCUUCAAUCCGCCGUGGAGAUUCAACGGUGCUUUGAGAGGCUUUCUCCACAAUUGCUUGUAA